AUUUUUGACAGAUUGAGCGACGGAUAGUAGUAAAAAUGUCGUUAGCUGCCCCCGGCUAUCGAGCUAAACAAUGGCAGUGUUGUUCCCUUCAGCUUCUUUCGUCGAUGUCCCCGUUACAGGGAAAUGGAGAAGUUGCAGAUUGAUGAAUUUGGCAUCGAGUAAGUGUAGUAAAAGAGCUCGGUCUCUCACAAUUUCAAUGUGUAGUACAUAUUGUUCGAUGUCAAUGUCGAAGAAGCUGGUGUGGAUAUGGACUGAGAACAAGGAGGUAAUGACGGCCGCCGUGGAGAGAGGUUGGAAUACUUUCAUCUUCUCGUCCCAUCGUCGCGACUUUGCCAACGACUGGUUAUCAAUUGCAUUGAUUAAUCCUCUUUUUAUCGAAGAGGGAGAUCUAUUUGAUGUUGAGCACAGAAGAGUUGCCGCAUUUUACGAGAUUUCUUCUCCGCAGCAAUUAGAGCAGCUCCAACCCCUGGCUGAGCAGGCAGAGAAUAUCAUCAUUAAUCUAUUAGACUGGCAGGUGAUACCUGCAGAGAAUAUUGUUGCAGCAUUUCAAGGCACUCAAAAAACAGUGUUUGCUGUCUCAAAAACUCCCUCUGAAGCUCAAAUUUUCGUGGAGGCCUUGGAGCUGGGUCUGGGUGGAGUAGUUCUGAGAGUUGAGGAUGUCAAAGCUGUCCUUGAGCUGAAGGACUAUUUUGACAAAAGACAUGAAGUAGGCAGUAAAUUGGAUUUGAGUGAAGCCAGCGUAACUCAUAUUCAAGUGGCUGGAAUGGGUGACCGAGUCUGCGUGGAUCUCUGCAGCCUUAUGAGGCCUGGUGAAGGUCUUCUGGUGGGAUCCUUCGCUAGAGGGCUUUUCCUUGUUCACUCAGAAUGCUUGGAGUCAAAUUACAUUUCCAGCAGGCCUUUUCGAGUCAAUGCGGGGCCAGUACAUGCCUAUGUUGCUGUUCCAGGAGGAAAGACUUGCUACCUUUCAGAAUUAAAAGCUGGUAAAGAGGUAAUUGUGGUUGAUCAAAGUGGUAUGCAACGGACUGCAAUUGUUGGACGUGUAAAGAUAGAGACUAGACCCUUGAUACUGGUCGAGGUUAAGAUAGAUUCAGAUAAUCAAACUCUUUACGGCAUUCUUCUACAGAAUGCUGAAACAGUAGCGUUAGUCUCUCCCCGCCAUGGUAAUGGGCAUCAAACGACAGCAAUUACCGUGACCUCACUCAAAGUUGGUGACAAGGUUUUGCUAAGAGUGCAGGGAGGUGCUCGGCACACAGGAAUAGAAAUUCAAGAAUUCAUCGUUGAGAAAUGAAUGAGCAAGGUUAGAAACUGUAGUUUUGUAGAACUGAGAAAUUGUUUAUCAGAUGUUUGAUGCUGUUUCUCUUGUAUAUGAUACUGAAAUCUCUUCUGAUCUGCCUGGGACAAUUCUGUUGUGAUACAAAUGGUUUGUGGACAACUGUACAUAUUUCGAAUUUCCAGAAUUGUCAAAAGGGAACCCCAGGCUUGGACCAAUUACUUGAGUCGGCAUAAGUGGUGAGGACUCGGAAGUCCAAUUGGAGCACUUGGU